AUGGACGCGGUCUCGGGCGGCGGUUUUUCCGAGAGGAAAACGGAGCACUUCGUGCUCGUGCACGGCGCCGGUCACGGUGCAUGGUGCUGGUUCAAGCUCCUCUGCCUGCUCCAGAACUCCGGCCACCGCGUCUCCAUCGUCGACCUCGCCGGCGCCGACGGUGUCCGCUCCUUCGACGACUACAACGCACCGCUCCUUGGCCUCAUGGCCGCCUUACCGGAAAGCGAGAAGGUAGUUUUGGUUGGGCACAAUGCAGGAGGUCUAAGCGUGGUCCAUGCAAUGCACCUGUUCGGUGACAGGAUUAAGCAGGCAAUCUUCAUCGCAGCAACCAUGCUUCAGUUCGGUUACCAGACUGAACAGGACAUCAAAGAAGACUCUGCACUUGCUUCCAUUCUACUCCGGCCAUGGCCGACGGCGCUGAGCACGGCCAGGUUUGGCAGCGCCGCCGGUGAAGGCGAUAAGAGCGUCAUCAACAGGGUGCCGCGCGUCUACAUAAAGACGGCGAACGACCGCAUGGUGAAGCCAGAGCAGCAGGAGGCGAUGAUCAGCCGGUGGCCGCCGAGCGAGGUGAUGACCAUGGACACCGACCACAGCCCCUUCUCCGCGCCUGAGCUUCUCUGCAACCUCAUCAUCAAGUCGCUGUGACUACGCCUUGCAUAUUCACAAUCCAAACUAAACAAUUCUCUGCUGCAUGCUGUAACUGCUGAUCUCCCAGGACUCGUCUUACACAAUUCUGCAAUAUGUGAUGUUCACAUGUCAGUCAAGACAGUUACCAUGCAAAUCAACAAGGGUCUAGUGGUUUAAAUUCGUUUUAUUCCACCUCAAAAUAUACGCUCCAAUUAUUGUACAUCAACAUGGACAUAUAUCACGGGGAAAAUAUGCACACAGGAAUAAUAACAGGAUAUGUAUUCUGGGGAGUUUGUUAUCAUGAUGAGCAUACAUCUAUUGAGAAAAAAACA